UUGAUGUGGACCUGUGCAAUUGUGGCCGAGGGAGAGAUUGUGUUCCCGUCUUACUCGAGUUCACCAAACUACACAGCACAGAUAAAACGAGAAGGAUCCCCUCAAUGGGAAAUUACAAAUCAAGACCAUCUCAGACAUGUACAGAUGAAUGGAAGAAGAAAGUUGGCGAGUCAUACUCUGUGAUCAUUGAGAAGUUGGACGACGACUUCCAGCUGAAAGACAGCGAGCUGGUGGAUCUUAAGCUCGCUUUCAGCUCCGAUGAAGCUUUUCAGAAGGUGAAUGUGAGCUACCGAACAGAGAAGGGGCUGUCGCUGCUGCAUCUCUGCUGCGUGUGUGGAGGGAACAAGGCCCAUAUGCGCACCCUGAUACUCAAAGGCCUGCGUCCUUCAAGACUGACCAGGAAUGGAUUCACUGCUCUCCACCUGGCUGCUUACAAGGAUAAUGCUGAGCUGGUGACUGCGCUUCUCCAUGGUGGGUCAGAUGUGCAGCAGUUGGGAUACGGUGCUCUCACGGCCCUUCAUGUUGCCACUCUGGCCGGGCAUCACGAGGCUGCAGACAUACUCCUACAGCACGGAGCCUAUGUUAACGUUCAGGAUGCUGUCUUUUUCACCCCACUGCACAUUGCUUCCUACAAUGACCACGAGCAGGUGACGAAGCUGCUGCUGAAGUUUGGGGCCGAUGUGAAUGCAAGUGGUGAGGUGGGUGAUCGCCCACUGCAUCUGGCUGCUGCCAAGGGCUUUCUUGGUAUUGUCAAACUGCUGAUGAGUGAGGGAAGCAAAACUAACGUGAAUGCCCAAGACAAUGAAGAUCACGUCCCCCUCCACUUCUGUGCUCGUUUUGGUCACCAUGAAGUCGUCCGCUUUCUUCUGCAGGGCAGCUUUGAUGUACAGCCUCACUCUGUGAACAUCUAUGGGGAUACGCCGUUACACUUGGCCUGCUACAACGGCAAAUUCACAGCCGUGAAGGAGUUAAUACAGUACUCUGGUACAGACAGCCUUUCAAAGGAGAAUAUAUUCAGUGAAACAGCACUUCAUAGUGCAUGCACCUACGGGAAAGAUCUGGAGAUGGUCAAAUUCUUGUUGAGCCAGAAUGCCAUGAGCAUCAACUAUCAGGGCAGAGAUGGACACACAGCUCUGCACAGCGCCUGUUUCCAUGGCCAUAUCCGCCUGGUACAAUUCUUGUUGGACAGCGGUGCAGACAUGAACCUUGUCGCCUGCGACCCCAGCAGGUCCAGUGGAGAGAAAGACGAGCAGACAUGCCUCAUGUGGGCUUAUGAAAAAGGUCAUGAUGCCAUCGUCACCUUAUUAAAACACUACAAACGUCCAGAUGACUCUCCUUGCAAUGAGUACUCUCAGCCAGGAGGGGAUGGCUCCUACGUCUCUGUUCCGUCUCCUCUUGGAAAGAUCAAAAGCAUGACUAAAGGGGUCAUUGAUCUAGUACUAAGUGGUUGCUGCUUUAAUGAUGUGUCAAUGGACAGGCUUAUCGACCUGCAGUCCAAGCUCAUCAUUGCCAUUGAUGUGGCCAAGGGCAUGGAGUACCUGCACAACCUCACACAGCCUAUUAUCCACAGGGACCUCAACAGUCACAAUAUUCUGCUAUAUGAGGAUGGACACGCAGUGGUGGCUGAUUUCGGAGAAUCCAGAUUUCUACAGUCUGUUGAAGAGGACAACAUGACCAAGCAGCCAGGGAACCUGCGCUGGAUGGCUCCUGAGGUGUUCACCCAGUGCACUCGCUACUCAGUGAAGGCGGACAUGUUCAGCUACGCCCUCUGUCUGUGGGAGCUGCUGACGGGAGAAAUUCCCUUUGCUCACCUGAAGCCUGCUGCUGCAGCAGCAGACAUGGCCUAUCAUCACAUCCGGCCUCCUAUUGGUUACUCCAUUCCCAAACCCAUCUCUGCACUUCUGAUGAGGGGCUGGAACUCCUGCCCAGAGGACAGGCCUGAAUUCUCUGAAGUGGUUUCCAGCCUGGAGGAAUGCCUGUGCAAUGUUGAGCUGAUGUCUCCAGCUUCCAGUAACAGUAGCGGCUCCCUCUCUCCCUCCUCCUCGUCUGACUGUCUGCUCGGGCGAGGAGGACCCGGCCGGAGCCACGUGGCCGCCCUGCGCUCUCGUUUUGAACUCGAGUAUGCUCUCAACACUCGCGCCUAUGCUUUCUGGACCCAGAGUGAGCGGCGCAGAGCAUCUGGAGGGCUUUCACUGGAGGAACUCAGAAGGAGCAUGCAGUUCUCUCCCAUCGAUCGAAAUGGUUUGUGUGCUUAA